UACAGUUCUGAAUUGGAACUCGAUUGGACUGAUUGGGUCCUUUUUGUACAUUUAUCGCAACCCCAUAGGCUCGGAGCAGCACCUCCACCGUUAUCCACAAACUCCUCCUCCCUGCAAAAACCUCUCGUUCAAUUCCAUCACGAAACUGCGCCAAAGAUGAGCCGAGGAACAGAGCGGUUGCUGAAGAGCAUACAGAGGUUUGCCGACCUACAAUACAAGAUCUUCUCGCGCCGUUAUGGGCAUCUAGUCAUGGACAUUCUCGACUUCCCAGUGAAAGUGGUGCUUUCACCCUUCACUCUGCCCUUCGACAUUGCUGGCUCCGCCCCGCGUGGCUUUGGGGUUCCGGAAUUUAUCUCCAAGCUCUCUUACUCCGCCAUAUUUGCCAUUGCUACACUUGGGACUUAUGAUAUCGCAUUUGAGCUUGGUAAGAAGGUGCUGUGUCAGAGGAAUUGUAAGACCUGCAAUGGGUGGCAGGCGAUGCAGUGUACAAUGUGCAAAGGCUCAGGAAAGGUGCAGUACCAAGUGAAAGAUUAUAACUUGAGAAGUGGGGAGAAGGCAACAGCUGAAAGUAUUGCUGAUGCCAUUGCUGAUAACCGAGCUGAGUUGGUGCAUAUUCCUUCCACCCUUGACCUGCAUUUGCCCUUGCCAUCUAAAGAGUGCCCAACUUGUGAUGGAUCGGGGGUGAUGAAAUGCCCAGAAUGCAAAGGAAAGUUGCCUAUUAGGAUAUCUGCCGAUGAUAUAAUGGAGCCUCCAUGGAAAGCGUACAAUAUUUUGCGUAAGAUGGACUAUCCAUAUGAGCAUAUAGUUGACAGUAUGAAGGAUCCAAGCAUUGCUGCAUUUUGGUUGAUUACAUUACCUCAGAUUGUGGGAGGUUUUGAUUAUGAUGAAGAUGUCAAGCAGAAAAUUUGGUGGCAAUACAAGGAAUCCAUGCGGUAUGAUCAACUCCGAGAUGAAGUAGCCAAAAGAAAACCAGGGUGGGAAUAUUUGCAAGAGGCUUUAAUCUCCAUUGACCCCGUCCGUGCUAAGGAUGAUCCUGUUAUUGUGAAAAAUAUUCCAUGCUACAAAGCCAAGAAAGUGCUGGAGGCUGAAGUCAUGAAGCUUGAUCCUCCACCACGGCCUCAGAAUUGGGGGGAGUUGAACCUGCCGCUGAAUGCAUCUUCUUGGACUGAGGAGGACCUGAAAGAUUCAAAGAAGCUAUAUGAGAUGACUGUUCUUCUAAAUGCGCAAAGAGAAAUUGCUGAUAAAAUAUUGGAUACUCAGUGGGAAGCAAAAUGGCGCGAAGAAAAGUUGAAUGAGAUGCUGAAAGAGAGAGUCCAGCCAUACCUACAAAAUGUUGACAACAGUGUUCUUCCUCGGCCUAUAUUAUUGCAAACCCAGAGUAAUCAGGACCAAAAGAGAAAGCAGGGUCGAAGACGAUGGUGGUUGUUUUGAGAGCUUUUGUAAUGCUGAGUUCCUGAGUUUCUUGCUGAUGACGGCUCGGCCAAUUUUGUUCGUCAAUUUGUAUGUUGUAUUUAACUCUCGGAAACAAUUGGCUAUCCUUCUCUCGGAAUUCUUCGUGUUUUUUUAAUCUUUGUUGAUUAAAAAAGCAUGACAGAUUAUAAACCACAAAAUUGUUUGAUUGUUUUUUAUUUUUAUAUAAUGCGAUGUUUUAAAGGCAUGAUGUUGGUCUCGCCCUUGUUUACCCUGCGAAUAAUAAAAUGCCGCUUAUUUUUA